ACCCUGGCGCCCGCCGCCGCCGGCCACGACGGGCCGCCGGCCCCCGCCACCGGUAAAUUGGGAUAUUCACAAUGUACAGAAACAGAGGUUAUUGAAUCUUUGGGAAUUAUUAUUUAUAAAGCACUGGACUAUGGCUUGAAGGAAAAUGAAGAAAGGGAGCUGAGCCCUCCCCUGGAGCAGCUCAUUGACCAAAUGGCCAACACGGUAGAGGCUGAUGGGAACAGCGACGAGGGCUAUGAGGCUGCAGAUGAAGGCCCAGAAGAUGAAGGCGAGGCAAGGAGAAAUGUCUCAGCUAUUCGGUCCUAUCAAGACGUCAUGAAGAUAUGUGCUGCUCAUCUCUCCACAGAGUCAGAGGCACCAAAUCAUUAUCAGGCAGUAUGUCGUGCACUGUUUGCAGAAACCAUGGAGCUACACACGUUCCUGACCAAAAUUAAGAGUGCAAAAGAGAAUCUUAAGAAGAUUCAGGAAAUGGAAAAGAGUGAUGAAUCUAGUACAGACCUGGAUGAAUUGAAGAACGCCGACUGGGCACGAUUUUGGGUUCAAGUGAUGAGGGAUUUGCGGAAUGGAGUAAAACUUAAGAAAGUCCAACAGCGGCAGUACAAUCCAUUGCCUAUUGAAUACCAGCUCACCCCUUAUGAGAUGCUAAUGGAUGACAUUCGGUGCAAAAGAUACACCCUGAGAAAAGUGAUGGUAAAUGGGGACAUCCCCCCGCGGCUAAAAAAGAGUGCUCAUGAAAUCAUCCUUGACUUCAUCAGAUCAAGACCUCCUUUAAACCCAGCCUCAGCCAGAAAACUGAAGCCAACCCCUCCCCGGCCACGGAGCCUCCAUGAAAGAAUACUGGAGGAGAUUAAAGCGGAGAGAAAGCUGCGGCCUGUCUCACCCGAAGAGAUUCGACGGAGCAAAUUAGAUGUCACCCCAGAAUCUCCAAAGAAUGUUGAAGAGUUAUGUCUGGUGAAUGGAGGUUUGACAUCUCAGACCACAGAAAGCAGUUUGAGUGCUGGCCCACAGGAGCCUGUGCAGCGGAAGAAGCUUCUCAAAGCCCCAACCCUGGCUGAGCUGGACAGCUCUGACUCUGAGGAGGAAACUCUGCACAAGUCAACCAGCAGCAGCAGUGUGUCUCCUUCCUUCCUUGAGGAUCCAGUACUAGAGGCUGUAUGUUCCAGGAAAAAGCCUCCAAAAUUCUUGCCCAUUUCAUCAACACCCCAGCCAGAGAGACGGCAGCAACCCCAGAGACGGCACUCCAUUGAGAAGGAGACGCCUACAAAUGUGAGGCAGUUUCUCCCACCAUCCAGGCAGAGCUCCCGCUCUCUCGUUCCUAGGAUAACCAGUGUGUGGCCAAGGACGCCUUUCCGACCACUUUUCUCUACCAUACAAACAGCUUCUCUGCUCAGCUCUCAUCCUUUUGAAGCAGCCAUGUUUGGGGUAGCAGGGGCUAUGUAUUAUCUGUGUGAGAGAGCUUUUACCAGCAGGUGGAAACCCUCAAAGGAGGAAUUCUGCUACCCAGUGGAAUGCCUCGCUCUCACUGUGGAGGAAGUUAUGCACAUCCGCCAGGUCCUGGUGAAGGCAGAGCUGGAAAAGUACCAACAGUAUAAAGAUGUCUACACGGCUCUGAAGAAAGGAAAGCUCUGCUUCUGUUGCCGAACACGGAGGUUUUCCUUCUUCACCUGGUCCUACACCUGUCAGUUCUGUAAGAGGCCCGUGUGCUCACAGUGUUGCAAAAAGAUGCGGCUGCCAUCCAAGCCAUAUUCUACUCUACCUAUCUUUUCACUGGGACCUUCUGCCUUGCAAAGAGGGGAAAGUACAAGAUCUGAAAAGCCCUCCACUAGUCACCAUCGGCCACUUAGGAGCAUUGCCAGGUUUUCCUCCAAGUCUAAGUCAGUGGACAAGUCAGAUGAAGAACUCCAGUUUCCCAAAGAGUUCAUGGAGGACUGGAGCACGAUGGAGGUGUGUGUAGACUGCAAAAAGUUCAUUUCGGAAAUCAUCAACUCAAGCCGGCGCAGCCUGGUGUUGGCCAACAAAAGAGCUCGAUUGAAAAGGAAGACACAAUCUUUCUACAUGUCCUCACCAGGCCCCUCUGAGUACUGCCCUUCUGAAAGGACUAUCAAUGAGAUCUGAGCCUCUGUGUCCAGAGGCGACCUUCCUCCAGCAGCGCUGUGGGACCAUCUCGAGAUCCUUCCUGUAGUUUCACUUACUAGGUUUCAGUUCACAGUAGGUCAGACUUUUGCUACAUCACCUUGUAGCACCAACUGAAUGCUGUGUUCAUAGUGAUUGAUGUCAUGUGAUUGUGACAGGUCCACCUGUUGCUCAUUUGCACCCAGAAAGGACAACAAUCUCAAAGUUGUUUUGGGGUGUGUAGAUAGGGAGUUGGAAGCUCUCUUAGUUCAGGCUCUCAAUCCUCAAAUAUUUCCUGGCUAAGGCAGAAAGCUUCUUGUGUGGGAAGUCAGGCUGACAGAGAGGUUGAUAUUAGCACAAUUCCAAGCAGUAAGUCAUAUUGGCAUUCCACAUGACAGUAUUCCUCUCUCCUGUACAUAGUGGCCAGUGCCCUGCCACACGCCGGCUCCCUGAGGUGGGCCAGGCUAGCUGUCUUCUCACAGCACAAAAAGUAAAAGGACUUGCUGAUCCUCUCCACUUGCGUCUCAAAUUAUUGUUGCUCUGAGAUACAAAUUGCAUAAGGGGCUUCUGACCGCGUUCUAGUGCAAAGCACUUGGGUAAGCCGCACAGUGCAUGGGUGGCCACUUCCUCUGAGCUUCUGGGUCUGCCCAGACACCAUGAAUCAGUAUCUCCUAAGCUGGUUACAGGCCUUUCAUCCUCUAUCAUGAAUGUAUUAUGGUUACAGAAAGUUCUGUGAUGGAUGUCUAAGACUUAAAAUUUUGUGGGAGUUUGAGGACAAAGACAGUCUUAAGGUUUCAUUAGGCAGCUAAGUUUAUUUUUUGGUUAACUGUGAUGGGUUGUGAUAGCAGAGGGUGCCAGCAUCAAAUGAGCCAGAAUGCACACAUUUUCAGCUACAUUUUUCACAACUUUAUAGCGCAACCAUCAUGACUAAAUUAAGCCACAAUUUGGUACCUAAGUCUCAAACUGAAAUUUAUUUUUAUAAAUGAAUUUUAAAAGAAAAAAUAUCUAACUCUUUAAACAUUACAAGAAAAUUAACCUGCUGACAGGUUACCUUGGAUACCUUUUGCACUAGUUUCCCUUGGAAGUGAGUUGAAUCAUAGGUUGGGUUUCUGGUGAAAGGGAGGUCGGCAGGUAGUAGCAUGCACCUCAAAUUCCUCAGCUCUUGAGCUCCAUCCCAAGGCUACCCUUAUUUUGAUGAGCUUAUAAAUAAUCAACCAAUCAAAUCACUGUCAGUGUUGACAAGUCAGUUAACACAUGUGCAAGAUUAUUUUCUAAAAGCUAUAUAAUGCCCUUGUAGUCAGCACUGACAGCUCCAUGUAAUAAAAGGCAUGAGAGUCGCAUUUCAUUCCACAUAAAAAUAUAGUGACAUUUCCACACUAACAGUGAUACCUCAGAACCAUUCCAGUAGUAGUUUUAAUGCAUUGGAAUUUACAUUGUACAUGGCUUUAAAUUACUUAUGAAAUAAACUUUACCAAUUGACUGAAAUAGUGCAUGUUAAUAGUUCAUCUGUAUUGCAUGUCAAGUGGGCCACCAGAAAACCCUUGUAAGACCCUGUGUUUCAGUCUGGGUUUUUUUUUUUUUUUUCAGUUAUUUUUAAAUAAGACCUUUAAAUUUUUCAUUGGGUGAAUCUCAUUGAUAAAACUUUUCUUGAGAAUAUCUGAACUUGGCAAACACUGUACAAUUAAGUAGGUCCUACUCGCCCUGAUGGUUCCAGGCAUGAGCUUCUAAAAUGGCCAUGAAAGAAGGGAAUGAGGGAGGAGAAAUAGAUUGGUAAGCGCCUAGGGUAAUGUGCUUCCUAAAAUAGUGACUAAUCACUGUUUGACUUCCAACAUAAGACAGUCCUGAAAAUGAGAAUGUUCACAGACCAAUGAUCUACUAACCCUGUUUCUUUUACCUCACUUCUUCAGCUUUAUGGUGUUAGACAUGAUGGCUUGGGCUUUAUGACCACUUAUCACAGGAUAUAUAAAUCUUUCAACAGUAUUAUCUGGUGUUUUAAAGAAUGGUGUGUCCAAUGAAACACUUUGGCCAGGCAAACUGUUUAAUCCCAGCAUUUGGGAGGCUGAGGUAAGAUCAGUAUUAGUUUGGCGCCACUCUGGGGCUACAGAGUGAGUUCUAGAUCAGCCUGGGACCCUGCCUGGGGGUGGGGGGGAUUUGUAGAAAGUGAUGUUAAGAAAAGGCACAGCCAGGCGUAGGUGUGGUGGCGUACACCUUUAAUCCUAGCACUCAGGAGGCAGAGGUAGGAGGAUCACCAUGAGUUCAAGGCCACCCUGAGACUACAUAGUGAAUACCAGGUCAGUCUGGGUUAGAGUGAGACCCUGUCUUGAAAAACCAAAAGAAAAUGAAAAAAAGAAAAGGGACUUGGCAAGGUGAAAAUGGUAGAAAUAAAAGUAACAUUGUUUUGGGGUUAGGUUUAUACGUUAGCCCUUCUUUACCUUGCUUUGACACUCGCACUGUUUGCUGUUUUCCAGAGGUUAAUCCACUAGGAGCUUGUGUAGCUUGCUCUUUAAGUCCCUAGCAUAAGCCACCUUCAGUCAGAGCUUCCUGUUCCUCCGUGCACACUGAUCUCCCUGCGCAAUGCCCCUCUCUGACCUGAUGUCCUGCCAUCUGCCUGGUACUCCCAGUCCAAUAGCAACUGUGCUGUGUGGCUGGCUUCAGUGGACAUCUGAUGCAUCUUGAGCAUGUGUGCACAUCUGGAUGGUUGUCCCUCCUCCCAACUCCCUCCAGGCGUGAGCACAGUUCUCUUGUCCCAUAGGCCAUAAGGUCACCCUAUAGGGAAAUCGGUUUCCCUUCAGUGGCUUUGCUUUCUGUCAGAGUAUGUAAGAAUGCUUGUAAAUACUGUAACAUAUUCAUUAAUAUUUGAAAGACAUCCAGUGAACACUCCCAAAGCAGGUAAAACAAUUAAAUAACUGAUAUGUACAUUGACUUAAUGAUUAACUAAAUUUCAAGCUUUAGGUCUUCCAGAUGAAACCAGGAAGUUGUUAUGCAAAGGUUUAAAAUCAUCUGUUUAAAAGAGAUAUGUGAUACCACCACGAACUCAUACUAUGACAUUUUUAAGGUAUUUAUUUUUCUAACUAUACUAAUAAAUAGAAGAUGACUUUUGGGCAUCAUAUAGGAAACAUAGAAACUUUCAGUUACGUUGCUAUUUGCUAAGCAAAGCAACGGAAAAUUUUGUACAUGCAAAACUGUUGAAGGGCCAUGAAGACACGUGUGCUGACUGGGCUUUGACCUGGCUGCCUAUGCACAAAAUGACCGAGAGCAUUGCUCACAUUCAGAGUGACAUGAUGGUACUAAAUGUGUUCCAUUAAAGUAUUUUAUUUUGAAAUUUAUGUAGGAAAAAAUAAAAUGGCUUUUGUCAUAA